GGCAUUUUUCCAUUCCGUAUAAGUAUUAAAUCUAGGAAUUGUUUGUAGCUAUUAAUGGUCAUUAUUCCAAUAAGUAAAAUGUGUGUAAAAUUUCUUUUACACUGGUGUACAUUGUUUAGAGUAGAUUGCUGAAAAUAUACCUUCGCUAUAGCUGCAAACAAAUACUGUAGUGAUCAGUUCAUCAGCUGAUAAAAUACCAACCAGCAAUAGGUUUAAUUGUCUUUUUUUUUUUUUUUUAGCACAGCCACACAUAAACAUGCAAUAAUGUAUACAUGAUUGUUUUAUGUGCGCUAAUGAGGCCAUUGUUUGUUUGCUUUUUUUCAUAAAUAGCCAAUUAUUUGGACUACGACAACCUAAUGUUAGACCAUAACCAAGUCUGCAACAUUGACAAUAUAACGUCUUUCAGCCAAGUCAUCCUUCCUUCCCUCUACAGCAUUGUCUUCAUUGUGGGAUUCGUUGGCAAUGGCCUGGUGUUGUGUGUCCUGGUCAAGUACCACAAAAGCUUAAAUAUGACAGAUGUGUGCCUCUUCAACCUGGCCCUUUCAGACCUCCUCUUCCUGAUCUCAUUGCCUUUCUGGGCUCACUACGCUGCCAUCUCUGAGUGGACCUUCGGGAGCUUCAUGUGUCAUGCAGUGACAGCACUCUACAUGCUGGGAUUCUAUGGAAGUAUCUUCUUCAUGAUCCUUAUGACCAUACAUCGCUACGCCAUUACUGUUCAUGUCCAUACCUCCCACAUCUCCAAGCACCGGUCUGUCAGAGUUAGCAUAAUGCUGGUUUUGUUUAUGUGGGCACUUAGCAUGGGAACCUCUCUACCAACCAUCAUUUUCUCCAAAGCGAAUAAUAUAUCAGGGGAAUGGACAUGCAGGGGGGAAUACCCACAAGGAACAGCAUGGAAGUCAUUCUCUUACAUUGAGCUGAACGUCCUAGGCUUGAUUAUUCCUCUCUCAGUGAUGGUGUUCUGCUACUCACGUAUCAUCCCCGUCUUAAUGGCGAUGAAAUCUCAGAAGAAACACAAAGCUGUCAAGCUCAUCUUUGUCUUAGUCACUGUUUUUUUCCUCUUCUGGAUGCCCUACAAUAUUGUCAUCUUCCUGAAGUUCCUGCAUCACUUGGGCUACAUGAACACCUGUCAGUGGCAUCAGGACCUGCACAUGGCUAUGCAGUGGGUGGAAACCCUAGCGUUCAGUCACUGCUGCCUCAACCCCAUAAUCUACGCCUUUGUGGGACAGAAAUUCAGGAAUUUAGUUCUCAAGAUCCUGAAAGAGUGGUUUCCUCUUUGCUUUGGUCAGUGCACAACAAUCGUCAGUGAGUUCUCAGAGAGGAGGAGUGCUAUGUCCUCACAUUCCCCAAAACUUUUCAGCACAAAGAUUGUGUAGCCAAAACUAGGCCAAAGUGCAGCAGUUGAAAUGCAUUUUUGUUUAGAUUAUGCAUACUUUAUAUGUUUAGUUCUCCAUUUCAUACUAAUUCUCCACAUACAGACCGAUGAGCUCAUUUUAAGCAUAAUAUACUGAAACUAAAUACAGCUCUUUAAGGAUAUAUAAUCACAUUAAAUUAGUAUUAUUACAUUUCAUUAAGUCUUCUCGUCUUUCACUUGUCCUAAUUGCACAUUGUAGCCGAUGUGA